UGCCGGGAUCGGAACUUUGAGGACAUGGCCAUUGUCUUCUCUCAGGAGGAAUAGGGGCUCCUUGAUGAGGCUCAGAGACUUCUGUACUAUGAUGUGAUGCUGGAAGUGUUUGCACUUGUGUCAUCUGUAGGUUGUUGGCAUAAAAUCGAUGGUGAUGAGGCCUGUUCUGAUCAGAGUGUAUCUAUACAAGGAGAGUCACAGGUCAGGGCUUCUAAGACAGCACCAAUCACCCAGAAGAUCCCUCUGUGUAAGCGAUGUUUCUCUGUGUUAAAAGGUAUUUUGCACCUGACUGGAUCUCAUGUAGCAUAUUUUGAGCAGAGAGCAUUCUGUAGUGACUCAUGUGUUGUAGACUUCUGUUUCAGUGCAAACCCUCAACAGAAAAAGAGGAAUGAAUGUGGACAGGUGCUCUGGAAACAAGCUAUAGACAGCGCUUCCUUUGUGAGCAGUUCCAGCCUCUACUUAUAUACAGUGCCUUCAACUAGCAGGGAGUAUGGGGAAGACUUGCAAUACAACUCAUAUAUUCCUAAGCACCACACUUCUAUUAACACUGAGGAGCUACCCUGUGGCCAUGAGAUUUCACAGGAAUUUCACAGGGGAAAAAGUCAUCACCAGUGGGGUGAAUGUGAAAAUGCUGCAAGCCACAACCUGAAAGUUGUUCAGUGCUUGGGUGUGUGUUCUGGAGAACUGCUUUAUGAGUAUAACAAAUGUAGGAAGCUUUUAAGACAAAUCUUUAACCUCAAUCAACACAAGAGAGUUCACACUAGAGAAAAGUUGUAUGAGUGUAGAGAAUGUGGGAAGUCCUUUCGUCGAAGAACUCACCUCACUGUACACCUCAGAGUUCACACUGGAGAAAAGCUGUAUGAGUGUAGAGAAUGUGGGAAGUCCUUUGUCAAAGGAGAAUGUGGGAAGUCCUUUUGUCAAAGUGCUCACCUCACUGAACACCUCAAAGUUCACACUGGAGAGAAGCCAUAUGAGUGUACUGAAUGUGGGAAGUCUUUUAGCCUAAAAUAUAACCUUAUUAGACACCUGCGAGUUCACAGUGGUGACAAGCGAUAUGAGUGCUGUGAUUGUGGAAAGUCCUUCAGUGAUAAGUCUUAUCUCAAACAACACCAGAGAAUUCACACUGGAGAAAAUCCCUAUAAGUGUAGAGAAUGUGGGAUAUCCUUUCCUCGAAGGGCUCACCUCACUGUACACCUCAGAGUACACAUUGGAGAGAAGAUAUAUGAGUGUACUGAAUGUGGAAUGUCUUUUCCUCGAAGGUAUCGCCUCACUGAACACUUCAGAGUUCACACUGGAGAGAAGCCAUAUGAGUGUAGAGAAUGUGGGAAGUCCUUUCGUCGAAGGCCUCACCUCACUAGGCACCUCAGAGUUCACACUGGAGAGAAGUCAUAUGAGUGUACUAAAUGUGGUAAGCUCUUCAGUGAUAGAAGUGCACUCAAUAAACACCGCCAAGUUCACACUGGAGAGAAGCCAUAUGAGUGCAGAGAAUGCGGGAUGUCCUUUCGUCGAAGGGCUCACCUCACUAGACAUCUCAGAGUUCACACUGGAGAGAAGCCACAUGAGUUGUUCAGAUCUAUUACAUGA